ACAAGCAUGACCCACUUCCGCUUCAAACAGACGUGCAACCAAUCUUCAUAUAAACCUCCAUACCCCUCCCCUUCUUCUCAUCAAAUUUCUCUCUUCCUCUCCCCCCGUAUAUAAUCCUUCUCUCCAUCUCUUUCUUUCUCUCACUUACUCACUCGGCACUCAUCGCUCUAGCAUAGGAUGGCUCUGGAGACUCUGAAUUCACCCACUGCAGCCACCACGGUACAGUUCCACCAUGACUCUGACCUCGAGUACCUUGAGCCAUGGACCAAGAGGAAGAGGUCCAAGCGUCCUCGCCUCGACAACCCACCUACUGAAGAAGAGUAUCUGGCUCUCUGCCUCAUCAUGCUCGCUCAAGGAGGCCGCGGCGAUGUUGCCACCCAGCUCCGCCACCACUCUCCGCCGCCCCCGCCGCCAGCCCUGACGCUCAGUUACAAGUGUAGUGUUUGCAACAAAGCCUUCCCGUCCUACCAGGCGUUGGGCGGACACAAGGCCAGUCACCGGAAGCUCGCCGGAAUUGAAGAUCAACCCACCACCGCCGGCGCCUCAAACGCGCUUCCCUCGGUCAACACCAGUGGUAAAAUCCAUGAGUGCUCCAUCUGCCACAAGACUUUCUCCUCAGGUCAAGCUUUGGGCGGGCACAAGCGGUGCCACUACGAUUCCGGCAGCAACGGCGGCAGCUCAGGAGACGGCGCAAUUACGUGGUCGGAUGGUACGCGUUGGAGCCACAGUCACCGUGACUUUGACUUGAAUCUACCCGCACUGCCGGGUUUCUCGCCGGCUCCAUGCGUUGACCGUGGAGGAAAAAGUCAACUUCCCUGCGAAGAGGAGGUGGAGAGCCCAUUGUCGGCGAAGCAUCAUCCAGGAAUAUAGAUUCCGAGCACAGAGAAAAUGGAUUGGAGUGGACUUUUGAUAUUUAAAAUUAGUCGCUGAAUUUCCUAUUUAAUUACUGCAACUAGUGUAUUGCCCUUGUACAGAAAAGUUAUCAAUUUUGGUAAUCACUUUGAUGUUGAAUUGCUUAAAUCAUACGCCCAUUUUUACUUUAUCAAA